AUGGUGAUAUUUGCUUCAUGGUACCCUCACAAUCAUAAAACGAAGAAAACGAAGGGAUGCUUGAGAAACAUACAGACCUUUCGGCUUCCUGGUCUGGAACCUCCCUAUCGCCAUCAAGGCCUCAAAGACGAGACGCCAAAAGACUGCAUUAGGAAAAGAGCUUCCAUAGCCGUGGAUUCUCAACCUCCCUAUCGCCAUCAAGGCCGCAAAGACGAGACGCCAAAAGACUGCAUUAGGAGAAGAGCUUCCAUAGCAGAGGAUUCUCAGCUUCGCGUAUUGGCUAAUAUAGAAGAAAAGGAAAAAUUGCCAAGUAAAAAUAUAUUCAAACUGCAAAGUCAGGACACAAAUAAUGCAGGCGGGUGGUUUAGUAAAGAUCCACCGGAUAAUACGGGCACCAAUUUGAAAUUCGCAGGCAGUAAACUGGAAAGCACGGGCAGUAAACUGGAUAACGCGGUUAGAAAAUCAGACGGCACGGAUGGAAAACUGGAAAAUGCGGCCUUCAAACUGGAUAGUACUGACAACAAAUUUAAUAGCAUUGGCAGCGCACUGGAAGGCAGUGAAGAAGAAGACAGUUGCAAGUCAAGUAGUCUAGACGGCGCUCGAGAGGACUUCCCUUGCCUUAGAACUUAUUUGGAGAAUAAGUGUGUAAUAGGGUCGAUGACGACGAACUCAGAAUUCGAAGUGGUGAAGCAGAGAAGAAACGGAGCAAUCCCGACGAGAGAAACGAAGCAAUCCCGAGGAGAGAGACAAAGCAAUCCCGGGGAGAGAGACAAAGCAAUCCCGAGGAGAGAGACAAGGCAAUCCCGAGGAGAGAGACAAAGCAAUCCCGAGGAGAGAGACAAAGCAAUCCCGAGGAGAGAGACGAAGCAAUCCCGAGGAGAGAGACAAAGCAAUCUCGAGGAGAGAGACGAAGCAAUCUCGAGGAGAGAGACGAAGCAAUAUCGAUUAGAGAGACGGAGCAAUCCCGACGAGAAAGACGAAGCAAUCCCGAGGAGAGAGACAAAGCAAUCCCGAGGAGAGAGACAAAGCAAUCCCGAGGAGAGAGAGACAAAGCAAUCCCGAGGAGAGAGACAAAGCAAUCCCGAGGAGAGAGACAAGGCAAUCCCGAGGAGAGAGACAAAGCAAUCCCGAGGAGAGAGACAAAGCAAUCCCGAGGAGAGAGACGAAGCAAUCCCGAGGAGAGAGACAAAGCAAUCUCGAGGAGAGAGACGAAGCAAUCUCGAGGAGAGAGACGAAGCAAUAUCGAUUAGAGAGACGGAGCAAUCCCGACGAGAAAGACGAAGCAAUCCCGAGGAGAGAGACAAAGCAAUCCCGAGGAGAGAGACAAAGCAAUCCCGAGGAGAGAGAGACAAAGCAAUCCCGAGGAUAGAGACAAAGCAAUCCCGAGGAGAGAGACGAAGCAAUCCCGAGGAGAGAGACAAAGCAAUCCCGACGAGAAAGACAAAGCAAUCUCGAGGAGAGAUAAACAAGAAAUAA